AGUUGCCGUAGUUGUAGUUUGUUGGUUCAGAACAGAAUCAGACACUGCUGAAAUAUAAGUGAAAUAAACAGCUAGCUACAUAAUCAUAUCAUGAGUCGAUCGUACAAUGACGAGUUACAAUAUUUGGACAAGAUUGACAAGAACUGCUGGCGAAUCAAGAAAGGUUUCGUCCCAAAUAUGCAGGUGGAAGGGGUGUUUUACGUCAACGAGUCCCUGGAGAAGCUGAUGUUUGAGGAGCUGCGUAACGCGUGUAAAGGAGGAGGUUUUGGCGGGUUUCUCCCUGCCAUGAAACAGAUUGGAAACGUUGCAGCUCUGCCGGGUAUAGUCCAUAGGUCCAUCGGCCUGCCAGACUGCCACUCGGGGUAUGGGUUCGCCAUCGGAAACAUGGCUGCCUUCGACAUGAGCGACCCCAACGCAGUCGUAUCCCCAGGUGGUGUGGGGUUUGAUAUUAACUGUGGAGUGCGUCUACUAAGGACCAACCUAGACGAGGGAGACGUCCAGCCUGUCAAGGAGCAGCUGGCUCAGGCCCUGUUUGACCACAUCCCUGUAGGAGUCGGCUCCAAGGGAGUCAUCCCUAUGACCGCCAAGGAUCUAGAGGAGGCUCUAGAGAUGGGAGUGGACUGGUCCCUGAGAGAAGGCUAUGCCUGGGCAGAGGAUAAGGAGCACUGUGAGGAGUAUGGCAGGAUGCUGCAGGCCGACCCCAACAAGGUCUCCUCCAAGGCCAAGAAGAGAGGCCUGCCUCAGCUGGGUACUCUGGGGGCAGGGAACCACUACGCUGAGAUCCAGCUGGGUACUCUGGGGGCAGGGAACCACUACGCUGAGAUCCAGGUGGUGGAUGAGAUCUAUAAUGACUAUGCUGCUAAGAAGAUGGGCAUCGACCACAAGGGCCAGGUGUGUGUGAUGAUCCACAGUGGCAGCAGGGGGCUGGGCCACCAGGUGGCGACAGAUGCCCUGGUUGCCAUGGAGAAGGCGAUGAAGCGAGACAAGAUCCAGGUGAACGAUCGUCAGCUGGCGUGCGCCCGUAUCUUUUCAGAGGAGGGACAAGACUACCUGAAAGGAAUGGCCGCCGCCGGCAACUAUGCCUGGGUCAACCGUUCCUCUAUGACCUUCCUCACACGACAGGCGUUUGCCAAGGUGUUCACCACCACUCCUGAUGACCUGGACAUGCAUGUGAUCUAUGACGUGUCUCAUAACAUCGCCAAGGUGGAGGAACACAUGGUAGAUGGGAAACAGAAGACUCUACUGCUGCAUCGCAAGGGAUCCACCCGGGCCUUCCCUCCACACCACCCCCUCAUCCCUGUAGACUACCAGCUGACAGGCCAGCCGGUGUUGAUCGGGGGCACGAUGGGCACCUGCAGUUACGUCCUGACGGGCACGGAACAGGGCAUGACAGAGACCUUCGGCACCACCUGCCACGGCGCGGGUCGGGCUCUGUCUCGGGCCAAAUCCCGCAGGAAUAUCGACUUCCAGGACGUGUUGGAUAAGCUGGCAGACAAGGGUAUCGCCAUCAGGGUGGCUUCGCCCAAACUAGUCAUGGAAGAGGCUCCGGAGUCGUACAAAAACGUGUGUGAUGUCGUCAACACGUGUCACGAUGCUGGAAUCAGCAAGAAAGCCAUCAAACUACGACCCAUCGCUGUGAUCAAGGGAUAAGGCUGCACCGCUCUGCUAGUGACGGCAUUGGCCAUGGCACUCCCUCCAGGAGCCAAUCACCAGGCAGAGAGCUGGCGGAGGAGCCAAUGGGGAAGUGUCUGACUGCGAGUGAGCAUGUCCGUCUUCAUAGACUGACUUGACAAGGGAUCGGUUUCCUCCACUUCCUGUCUAUGACCAGUAUGAUUAUUUUGGCAUGGGGGGGUGAUUUGUCCGUUGAGUGAUCAAUUUAAUUGGACCGGAUGGGCUCUUUAAUAUUGUAAAGUUUGAGAGGGUGAAGUGUCUUGGGUUUACUUUUCAUUCAUGGCAAAGUCACUGUGGAAAAUAACCUUGAGAUUCAGGUUAACCAGAGAUAAUAAAAUACAAGAUGACAGAUUGAUCUACUUGCA